AUGAACUCGGAACCUUGUUUAUCAAUACGUCAAAAAAUUUUAUCAGAACAACGAACAACUCGUCUUACUAUGGAUGAACGACUUUCAUUAUUGUCAAUACCGUUAGAAAAGGAAAUUCCUCAGACAAAUAGCCUGCGUACUACCUCCCAUUUUCCAAACUGUUUAAUUGAAAGAUCAUCAAAUUCUUCAAAUAGUCCUAUUAAUACUUUUACUGUUCGUUCACAUUCUGAAACUCAAACCCCAAGAAAAUUUGUUAUUGGAAGAAAUAGAGCAAAGACCAAUUUAAGUCAAAUUUCUAAUCUUCUUAGUCAAGAAUCAGACAGGUUUUCAAUUAGAGAAACUAAAGAAACAAAAGGACUUUGGAAAACAGAAGACUAUCAUGAAGAAUUACCAAAUGAAGUUAAAACACCUUCAUCUCCAAGACAACGUUUUCAAAGAUUAGGUGAAAGUGAACCUAUGCUUACACGAUCUUUAGAUGAAAUUACUGUUGAUUUAAAUCAAAAAUUAGAGAAAGUUGAAUUAAAUGUUGAAGUCAAAAAUACUACUUGUUUACAAAAGAAAUGUAAACUAGGAAUUCGUUGUAAGACUGAGAAAGUUUUAGCAGAUUCUCCUGCUUGA